AUGGCUUCGGAGCGGACGACGACGUUAAAAAGGAACUGCUCGGCGGGUCGCAGACGGACAGCCACUGGGGUAUCUGGGGAUCUCGCGAGCCUGCAAUCGAGUUUGAGCUGGGGUGUGGUGCAGGGGACGAGGCCAGGGGUGUCGUUCGAGGACGAACUUACUAUCAGAGUAGAGAGCGGCAACAGCGAGAAGCUGUUAGUGCAAGACGAACGAAUGAGUGUGAAUGCGAAUAAAUCUCAUGGAACCCUCAUUUUUACAGCUAUUGACUGCUAUCUACUGAAUAACUCGACGUUCACACUAUUAUUCACAGCGCAAGCCAAUCGCCUCGAGGAUGAUACAUAUCUUCGGCGUAUGGCAGACGCACGGGCCUUGAGCCACGAUGAUGAAACUCGUGGCUUACUCGAUCUCAUUUUGCGUGGUGUCGCAGAUUGGGACCCUUGCUAUGCUCAAACACAGUGGAAAAAGAGUAAUCAACAGGUUCAGAUCAUAACAGACCUGGCCCUGGCUCAAGUGGUGAGGCAGGCUGUUGGUGUUGGCGUUGCUCAUUGACGUAGCAUCCGUCCCCUCAUUUCAUAUCCGGUUCUUUUCCUUUCGAAUGCCGGGCUAUCCCAUCCCCCGGUCUCAUCAUAACCAACUAAUAAACGAGACGAUUGACUUUGCUCUGUGUUGAAACCUUGUCGGGUUCAACAGUCCAGACUCGAUUGAAGCUCAACUCUUUGCUCAUCAUUUCCUGUCCAAAUGAUCCCCACUCAUC